AUGCUCAAUUUUGCGGAACUCUCGCAAGCACAAGCUGGAGAUCAGGAGCUGCAGCACGUUCUUACAAGCGCUACCACUUCUCUGAAACUCCGCAAGCUCACGCUGGGACCGAAGAACUUAGAGAUCUACUGCGACGUCUCGCAGAACGACAUCAGGCCUUACGUGCCGGAAACAUUCCGGAGGUCGCGCCACCACCAAGAUCAUCUUGCAACGCUACGGCCUUCUAUGUCAAAAGACAUAACCAGAUGGGCCAGCGUCUGCGAGCAUUGUCAACGCUCUAAGAUUGGUCGGCACGUGCACUUGCAGUCCAAGACGUUUCUGAAUCCGGAUCAGCGCUUCGAUCAUGUUCAUAUAGAUUUGGUGGGCCCGCUGCCACCUUGCCAGGGCUACACCUACCUACUGACAUUGAUGGAUCGCUUCACUCGCUGGCCGGAGGCCAUUCCUCUCAAAAACAUCACGGCCGCGAACGUGGCCACGCACUUCUACAGCAGCUGGAUCGCACGCUUUGGCUGUCCAAAGUUCAUCACUACAGACAGAGGCUCGCAAUUUGAAUCUGCUCUCUUCAACGUUCUCGCUCAACUGCUGGGAAGUAAGCGCAUCAGGACGACGCCCUACCACCCUGCUCCAAACGUCAUCCUUGAGCGCUGGCAUCGUGUCCUGAAAACAGCUCUGCGCUGUCACAACUCUCAGGACUGGCUAGAGAAGCUUCCGACGGUACUUUUGGGUCUGCGAUCGGUUUACAAAGAAGAUCUCAAGGCUUCCCCUGUGGAAUACCUCUACUGUUUCACUCUACGUUUACCAGGAGAGUUCUUCAUAGAUGAGCAGCAUCCGGAGGACCACGCCUUCUUCUUAGCUCUUUUCAAAAUUCACAUGCAGCAACUCAGACCUGUGCCGGCUUCCCACCAUUGCAAACAGAACACCUUUGUCUACAAGUCUCUCUACACCUCGUCGCAUGUCUAUUUGAGAAAUCAUGCAAAGAAACACACUCUCAACCAGCAAGGCUCUGCUUCCAUCUCUGAGACAGAGCGACCUAUUCUCACACCUGCGGCGCCGCAGCCUUUUCCUACACGGCAGCAGACCCUACCCUCGCAUCACAACGCGGUCUCUCCGCAAGCAACCCAGCAGCAGCAGCAGCAACAGCACACUACCUCGGUUGUUUCUCCAGCAGAUAGAAAAACUAAGUUUGUGCCGUCUAUUCUCAAGAAAAAACUAGCACAAAUGUCAGUGCGGUGCAAGAUAGAAAAGUUUGUGCCGUCUAUUCUCAAGAAAAAAACCAGCACAAAUGUCAGUGCGGCGCAAGGUCCGAUCAAGCAUGUUCGCUUCAAUCUUAAGAGAAGACUUCUGUGA